UUCUUUGGGAGCUUACUUCCAGCGACGCCGUCGGGGCAACGGAGUCGACGCGGCGCCAUCGACGACGCGCCGUUGAGAGCGCAGCAAUUGCUUACGUUUUUUGCGCGCGGGGUCGAGAUCGUCGAAAUCGCCCUCCGCGCGAGGACUCUACUCCAGGCACUCGCGGAGCACGCUCGUCGCGAGCCGCGCUUUCGCGAGCGCGUCUCCCAACAAGUCGGCCGUCGUCCCGAAGAGCGGCGCCUCCUGGACGUACUCGGCGAUCGCGGCGACGUCCGGCGGCGCGUUGGCCAGCGUGCCGAAGUAGUGGCCCGCGACCGCGGCAAUCACAGCGACACAAAAGACGGCGAAGGCGUCGCGCUUGCGCACGUAGAUCUGCGCCGGCGGCGGCGGCGCGGCGAAGGUGACGUUCUUCUUGGGUCUCACUUCAGCCUUGGCCGGCGGCCGGGCCGGCGCGGCGACCGGCUCCUCCGCGGCCGGUGCGACGACCUCCACCUCGUUCUUGCGCGGCCGCCGCACGGAUGUGGGCAUGCCCUGCUUCGUGAGGCAGACGGGCGACUCCUUGCGCGUGGGGGCCAUCUUGCGCGUCGACCGCGUGCGCCGCGCCGGGCCGUCGACUUGCGCCGGCACUAUAACAGGUGCACCAACGUUCUUCCGCUGGACGGGCGCCGUCGCCGGCGCGUUCUUCCUGAGGUUCGUCGCGUCGAGGAGCGCCUUGGCCGGCGUCGCCCCGUCGAGCGGCUUGUAGGGCGUCGUCGCCGUCGCGGUCGUCAGGCGGCGGCGCGUGAGGACCAUUGUUUUAUGAUUGAGCUGCGGUGUUGUCUACGCGUUUUUUAUAAACCGUGCGGUGCCAGUUGCUGCGUUUAAUGACGACGCUGCGGCGUUAUCUAGGCCGUCGCGCGCGCUGUUUGACUUGACGUUACUGCCGUUUGCUGUGAUUUCUCGAAACUGGCCGCGUGUCUUACGCUGUCCGUGUGGCAGUGCCUAGGUGGGCACUCAGCGACACUCUUAAACACACAACGCUUCCUGCCGUCACCCAACAAGGCGCAGCGUGCUCAAAAACCUGUUUGGCAGCGUGCAAAACCCGCGCAAAUUGGGC